AUGACCAAGGCACGGCGGCGAAGAGCUUCCAUCGAACUAGUCGAUGCGAAGCAAGCUGUUGACCUGGCUACGGCUCAAACUUACUCAGAGAACGUCUUCUUAUUUGUGCCGAAUCUCAUUGGGUAUGCUCGUGUUCUCCUUGCCGGACUGUCGUUACACUUUAUGAGCUACCAUCCCAAAUACUGCACAUGGGCAUACGUUGUUUCUUGUUUGCUUGACGCGGUCGAUGGGCAGGCUGCUCGUGCUCUUCAACAGACGUCGAAAUUUGGAGCUGUAUUGGACAUGGUGACGGAUCGCUGCACUACAUCAUGCUUGUUGUGUUAUCUGGCUUCUGUUUAUCCAGCCUACGCGAUUCUUUUCCAGUUCCUCAUUGCACUAGACUUUAGCAGUCACUACAUGCACAUGUAUAGUUCAUUGGUCACUGGAUCGAGAAGUCAUAAGUUAGUAACAAGCGAUGUUAGUCGUAUUCUCUGGCUAUACUAUAACGACUCUCGAACGCUGUUUUUCAUCUGCGCGGGCAAUGAGCUAUUCUUUGUUUCGUUGUACCUCAUGAAAUGGUCGACCACGCCCAUCGGUUUAACUGGAUGGUUUGCUGGGUUUACAUAUGCGCAGCUCAUGGCGCUGUGCAGCAUGCCGAUCUGCGUGACUAAAAAUAUCAUCAACCUGGUACAAUUGUGGAAAGCUUCCAAGAUUUUAGUCGGGGUAGACUUGGCGGAAAGGGAGAUGGCACGGCAAAGUAAAGCAGCUGGGGAUGCUGCGAAAAGUUAG